AUGACAACAGCUGAGAUGAUUUCCAACAGCAGGCUCGACCGGCAGACCAAAGAGGAAAGAUCUAACAGCAUCAUACCUAUUGUAGAAGAUGAGACACCUCGCUCUCUGGGCUUCUGCGGCUGGAUUUUUAUUAUAAUCUCUCUUAUUUUUACAAUAUUAUUUUUUCCUGUGACCAUAUUCAUGUGCAUCAAGAUUGUCCAGGAAUAUGAGAGAGCUGUGAUCUUUCGUUUGGGCCGCAUCAUGGACAGAAAACCAAAAGGGCCAGGAAUGUUUUUUGUGCUUCCCUGUAUUGAUACAUUUACAAAGGUGGACCUGAGAGCCAAGUCUUUUGAAAUUCCACCUCAAGAGAUCUUAACAAAGGACUCUGUGACCGUGUCUGUGGAUGGUGUGGUUUACUUCCGAGUCUGUGACCCCAUCUUGUCUGUGGCUAAUGUGAAUAAUGCUGACCAGUCUACACGCCUGCUAGCCCAGACCACACUAAGGAAUGUGCUGGGAACUAAGAGUCUGUCCGAAGUACUGGCAGACAGAGAGGGCAUCUCCCAUAGCAUGCAGGUUAAUCUGGAUGAAGCCACACAUCCAUGGGGCAUGAAGGUGGAGCGAGUAGAGAUUAAAGAUGUUAUACUUCCAGUUCAGCUGCAGAGAGCCAUGGCAGCUGAAGCUGAGGCCUACAGGGAAGCCCGUGCCAAGGUGAUCGCAGCAGAGGGUGAAAUGAAUGCCUCACGGGCAUUAAAGGAGGCGUCACUGGUAAUUGCUGAGUCACCUUCAGCCCUGCAGCUCCGUUACCUUCAAACGCUUAACACUAUUGCAGCCGAGAAGAACUCUACCAUCAUCUUUCCACUGCCUAUUGACCUUCUGCAGCCCUUUAUGUCAAGAAAAUAA